AUGGCGUCUGUCAAGUCCUUCCCAACAAUCAAAGCCGUGCGGACCUUCAUCAUCGAGGGCGUAGGCUCUGGUGGUGAUUAUCAUAAUGUCAAAGGUGGCCAUUGGUUGAUCGACGCCAAAAUUGCAACUCCGAUGUCCAAAUGGGAGAAGUACCGCAGCUCUAGAACGACAUUUGGAAUCAAUGUCUUGGGGUCUUUCUGUGUCGAGAUCGAAGCGACCGACGGCACAAAAGGAUUUGCGACCGGAUUUGGAGGGCCUCCGGGCUGUUGGCUUGUCCAGCAACACUUCCAGCGCUUUCUGCUUGGAAGAGAUCCCCGGGAUGUCAAUGAUCUGUAUGAGCUCAUGUAUCGAGGUUCCAUGUUUUAUGGUCGCAAAGGGCUGCCGGUUGCAGUCGUCUCAGUUCUUGAUUUGGCACUAUGGGAUCUCCUUGGAAAAAUUAGAAACGAACCAGUCUACAAAAUGAUCGGCGGUGCAACGAGAGAUCGGUUGCACUUCUACUGCACAGGGCCCGAGCCAGCCGCUGCUCAAAAGAUGGGUUUUAUGGCUGGCAAGGUACCCUUGCCUUACAGUGCAGAGGAGCCCUACAGUCUGAGGAAGAACAUAGAAUUUCUCAAGAAGCAUCGUGAGGAUGUGGGGCCUGAUUUCCCUCUUCGGGUGGACUGCUGGAUGUCUUUGAAUGUUCAAUAUACGAUCGAACUUGUAUCUGAAGCAAAGCGACAAAAUAUUAGGAUAGAUUGGUGGGAAGAAGUUCUCUCUCCUGACGACUUUGAUGGAUUUGCUUUAUUAAAAAGAGCGCAUCCGGAUACAAAAUUCACGACGGGAGAGCAUGAAUAUUCUCGCUACGGAUUUCGCAAAUUGUUAGAAGGCCGCAACGUCGAUAUUAUCCAGCCUGAUGUUAUGUGGCUGGGAGGCCUGACUGAGCUUCUGAAGGUCACAGCCAUGGCCGCCGCAUACGACAUCCCCGUCGUUCCUCACGCUUCGGGUCCUUACUCAUACCACUUUGUUGUCAGCCAGCACAAUUCCCCAUUCCAGGAAUAUCUCGCAAACAGCCCUGAUGGGAAGAGCGUCCUGCCAGUAUUUGGAGACUUAUUCCUCAACGAACCCAUUCCCACCAAUGGAUACCUAGAUGUCAGUGUUCUUGAUAAGCCAGGAUUCGGUCUUGAACUAAACCCGAACGCUCGAUUGGUUGAUGCAACCAAUCUGUUGGGAUUUGCCCCUCAGAAGUCUUUGACAGCGCCUGUAGAGCAGAAGGAGACGAAAGUCAAUGGCGAUCACGUUGUUCUGAACGGAGAACUUUCUGAAGGCCAUGUUGCUUAG